UCUCCUGAGUCUUUCCUCACCUGAGUCCUCCCCUCAGCUGUGUUUUCUCUUCUGACACCAUGGGUUGCUGUGGCUGUGGAGGUUGUGGCGGCUGCGGUGGCUGUGGCGGCUGUGGCGGCUGCGGUGGCUGCAACAGCUGCACCACCUGCAGAUGCUACCGGGUGGGCUGCUGCUCUGGCUGCUGCCCCUGCUGCGCUGGCUGCUGUGGGGGCUGCUGCAGCACCCCCGUGGUCGUCUGCUGCCGCCGCACCUGCUGCAACUCCUGUGGCUGCGGCUCCUGUGGCUGCGGCUGCGGCUCCUGUGGCUGUGGCUGCGGCUGUGGGAAGGGCUGCUGCCAGCAGAAGUGCUGCUGUCAGCAAAAGUGCUGCUGCAAGAAGCAGUGCUGCUGCUAGGUAAGUCUGCAAGAACUCCCUGGGCCCCUUGCUUCCCCUGGCGAGGAAUCUGCCGUCCUGUCUGCUACAUAUGUCUGCCUGUCCCAGGGCAUUGUGGUAUAUUCCUUCUUGAUUCUGCUCUCCACUUCACGUUUUAUAAAGCUCUGUGUGCAUCUUAUACAAUGGCAUCCAUGGACAGGGGUGGAAAAUCCCUUGUUUUCCUCAGUAGUGGCUUUAGCACUCAGCAGAGGUACUACUUUCCCUGCCCUGCGGCCUGGCCUCUGCCCCUUGGCAGGCUGUGCUGGCGUGGGGGUGGAACUGGGGAGCUCUUUCAUGUGGUCCUGGCUGAUCUAUCUGCCAUCGUGUGUGAGGUGGAUCCCUUCGGGCUGUAUCCAGGAUCUUAUUUUUGUGCCAUUUUUUCCCUUUUUGUAGCCCAAGCCUUCCUACUUGAAAAGCUUGUAAACGACCAGGAAUAGUUACAUUCUAGGAAAUAAAUACCUCUAAGCACCAAAGCCACCCAAGGGAUUAGGCUGAUUGGCUCAGGAUCCUCAGUAUUCUCCUCCCAUCUCCUGUUCAUGCUUUUGCCUCUGAAUGUCUUCCUUUCCUCUCAGGACCAUGCAUCCCUGACAUUUCCUUUGCUGCUUUGUGUUACUACUUCCUAUGCAAUCUUCUAAAUGUCUAAUAAACUUUGCUCCAUUUUCUUUAAAA